UCUGCUUUCCUUGUCACUUUGCAAAUUUUCGUGCAUCCUCUGUACUACAAUCAAAUUUCCUUUAUCUCGAUACCGAGUCGCCCGUUAUAAAUAAGACGAAGAUGAAAAUGGUCACACACAUGCACGUGGCAUGGCAUCUUUCUCUCGAUCUCUCACAUGCCCACCAUUCGUUCUCCCUCUCGCCAAGCAUUCAUUACGACCUUCACUCAGACACAUCGGCCAUGCGAGUCAGUCGGUCGUCACUGAAGCUCCGCCUUCAUUCGAAAGCCUAGGUAUCAGCAAGCCUGUUGCGAAAGCGUUACAAUCCACCUUUCCGAAUGUACAGAUACCAACCAAAAGCCAGCGGAAGUUUAUACCAGCUGUUCUUAGUGGAUUUGACGUCCUAUUACAAAAUGAUACGGGCACUGGGAAGACGUUUGGUCUUAUUUUAGCCCUCUUAAGCAAGCCUCGUCAGAAAAUGGAGUUCAGACGGCGUAAGCAUCUAAAGGGUGGAUCCAGACCGUCUACGGUUCUGGUGAUUACUCCUCAUCGAGAACUUGCUCUGCAGUGCAUGCAUUGGAUACAGUCUCUCCAUGGCGCCAUAAAUACAACCAACUCGGACGUUUCAACUCUCGCACAGCUCGUCGUACGUGGCACCGGAUCGUCCUUAAAAGACCACAUAUCCCAGUUGCACGAACAUCAACCCCGUCUGGUCAUUGGCACGCCUAAUGCUCUUCUCGAUGUUUUCCAGGAGGACCCUUCCGCUCUUCCGACUUGGGCAAUUUCUACCGUGGUCGUGGAUGAGGUUGAUACCGUUAUAGAACAUCUACCACCGAACGCCAGGAAAUAUGAUAUAUUGAAAUUUGAGCGGAUGUUGAAGAAGCAUCCCACACCUACACGACAAAUACUCAAUCUCAUUUACCCGAAAUAUAUUCGUGAAGUCCAGGAUACUAGCGAUAGAGAAGACGGUUCGUCGGAACAGAGGACCCAAUUCAUUGCAACAAGCGCAACGCUCAGGUCACAGUUCAAGUUUACUCUGAUGAGAAAAAGUGGUUGGGUUACAAGACGUUGGAAAGAUGUCGUUGACAUUUCCGGUUCAUCUCGAGCGGAUUUUGCAAGUCUUCGGGUUGAGUCUGCAGGAACAAUCGACUCCGGAUUGGUCCAACAUUCCGCUUUGGUUGUGUCCCCGGACGGUACAAUAAAGAACAUCGACGGCUCCAAGGUUGCUGUUGUACCUGCAUUGGGGCCAGACGAAGGGCAGACGGACGUCCCUUCCAUUGAAGAUGAACUGUCACUUCUGCCUAUGGAGGAAAUCUCUGAGGCAGAUGUCGAUGACGCCGAAUCCUCCCCAUUCAAUCAAGAGGCACUAGAAGCCAUCGCAACUAUCUUUGCUCUCGAAGUUCCUCAGGUCGCACUUCUGGUUCUUCCUGCUACUGCUCCCGUUAAAUGGGCCAUCCAUGACCUGCGGAAGCUCGGUAUCAAUGCUCACGGGUUGAACAUACUUGAUGAAGAGAAUGUGCGGACCCAUUUACUUAGGAAGGGAGACAAGCCAGCGGACAACCCGACGAUGAUUGUAUCAACAACCGUGUUUACGCGUGGCCUUGAUUUACCAGACCUCUCACAUGUCUUCCGACUCGGAGUUUGGGACGACAUGACCCCUCGCACGUACGUUCAUAUUGCUGGACGAGUGGGCAGGUUCGGAAAAGAAGGCAAAGUAGUCACGGUCGUCGAGUCACCGUACACUUUCCGCGAGGGCAAGAAAGUACACGUGAGGGACGAACCCAGUCGGUUGGCGCAGAUCUAUAAGAAGCUGAAGAUUUCCCCUGUCAAGCUAGAAUACUUUGGAUGACUGGAACGAAACGGUUUCUACAGAUGUGAACAUCGAGCGGUCCGAUGCCAGCCUAUGUCAGCGUGUACAACGGCCGGCGAAGAAGAGUGCUGCGUCUCAUUUCACACCAUGGAUGCGCUGGCCCUAUUUUGAAACGCCGUAGGGAUGGAGAUGAGGGGUUGUCGGAGGAGAUACGUUGUCUAGCUUGGAGUGCCAUAGAGUAUGUUGUAGUGAGAUUUGGAGAGGUAUCGGACAACAAUGUCUUGAAUAACAGUGUCUUGAAUGACAGUAGGCAUUGUUUCAGUGAUGGUACGGUCGUGUGAAUGAAUAUCAGAGAGCUGGAUGGAAGCGAGUGAGAAGGUUUUGCAGCGACAGCACGUG